AUGUAUGGAAACACCAUAAGCCAUGAGAAUUUUAAGCGCUACUCCCCUGGCGUUUUGAUUGGGAAUUGGUUUGAGGACAUGUGUGUGGAGAAAGACAGGCUGAAGUUAUACCAAACGCACAAGGAAAGGUCGGUCUUGCAGUCCCCGACGACCCCCCAUCCUCUGGAACUCGGCACCAUUCUGUCAGGGGCCGCGUCCGGCGCGGUGCAAUUCGGCACCCCACUUCUCAUCCUCAACGCCCAAUCUAAGUGCGCCCUCGCGCUGGAUUUGUCCCCGCGCCGCUUGGCAAAUGCGGAGAAGGCCUUGGUGGUAGGGAUGCCCAAUCGCUCGCCGACGGUGCGCUCGACCUGGGUGAUUGAACGCGGCGUGGACAGCCAUAAUGCGGCCUAUAACCAACGCUUUAACGAGCCGAUGGAGCUUCAUUACGGGCAGCACAUUCGAAUCUGCAAUGAGUGCGCGAGUGAGAAGGGAUUUUACUACCUUCAAUCCCAGCUCGGCUCGGGGCGCUACGCGUCGGAAGGCCAAACCGUCGCCGCCGCGAUGAACGCGGGGGCGGAUAACAUUUUUGUGGUCUGCCAGCCCUGCGCAAAGCGUGAAGCCACGCACGAAGGGGGGGUUGUGAACAUCGGCGAUCCCAUCGUAUUACUUCACGCCAUUACGAAUAUUCCUCUACGUUGUGAUGGCACCCUUCAGCGCACCAACUACGGGAUGGAGUACGCCAUCUCGUGUGGGUACGCCACAACCCAACACACGCGUGUUCGUGAGGCGGUCGCGGUGGAAGGGGCAAAUUUAUUUUACUUUUCCUACAAUGCUGGCGACGAGGGACUCAAGAAACGAGCGUCCAAAUUGUUCCCGACGACGAUGGCGAGCACCAUGCCGAUAACGUGUGGGGAUGAAGUGGAAAAAAUCAUGAAUUGGAUCCGAGAGGGCGCCAUUUACUUCGGUGGACGCGUCGGCCUCCGGGCGAUCUCGCGCGCUCUGGGGGUGGCAUGCAGUGAACACCGCAAUACGUUUCUUAACCGCACACAGCUGGGGGACCUUGUGAGUCGUCUUGGAGUCCGAUUGCGCCCUGUGGAAUUAGAUGUGGUGGUUAAAAAAUUCGACACCGACGGCAAUAACGUAGUCCGGGUUCAGGACUUUUUGGCCGAACUUCGUGGUAACUUGACCACCGUACGGCUUCAGGCGGUUACCGAGGCUUAUCAAAAGCUCCUCAUGGUGGGAAAAGGAUCGGUGCAGUUCGAGCCCAUCUACAGCCUAUAUUCCCACAACGCCUCACUUCAUCCAAAUGUCCAGGAUGGUUUGAUUACCCAAGAGGAGGCUAUAUUGGACUUUGAGAACUCGUGGCCAGCGGCAUUCCGGCAUAAACUAGGGACGGUGACGCUCGAAGAGUUCAUUAACUACUACGCGGAUCUUUCCCCUUCGAUAUUAGAUGAUGACCGCUUUGUUCUAACACUACAAAACUGCUGGAAAAUUCCUGAGGUCAAUGCGAACCCCUCGCAAGAAUAA